AAUCUGGCUGGGCAGAAGCAAAGGAAAGCAGCGCAGGCCGGGUUCUAGAGCUGCGCGCGCGUGAAUACGCUGCCAAGCUGGCGCGGCAACGGCGCAGAGAGCCCGCGCCCGGUUAUUCUAUUUCCUCCCUAGCAGUUUCGGACCCCGCCCGGUUGUGGGUGUUGGCUCUUCUUCGGGGGCCCAGGGGAUAGCAUGCGCGCCACCGAGCCCGGCAGCGGGCGCCGUCGCCCUGCAAGCAUGGCGCGCCGCAAGCAUAGUGGGAGUUUCCUGGCGGAGGACCGGGCGGCCCUGUGACAGACAGGCGGCCAGUGGUCGGGUGGUGGCGACAAAGACGGCGACGAGUGGCGCCGCGUGGUUUGUUAGUACUAAGAUAGAUGCCGGGCAUAUCAUGCGCCCGGGCGAGACCUAGGCAGGCGGGCCCUCUGUUGUUUGGUUGUGGCCCGUCGUUUUGUUGUAUUUUGUUGCAGGCCGUCAGCGCCGGAAGGAUGGAUCGAUGGCCGCGGCCGGGCUUCGUUCGGACAGCGCCGGUGCUGGGGGGGCGAUGCCGAUGUCUUUGGUUGCCACCUUCCCAGCCGUGCUUGCCUGCGCGCGCCUCCCCGCGUGGCGUGGGUGUUGCGCUAAGUAAUGUUGCGCGUGGCCCGGCGGCGCCGGCACGGCCCGCGUGGUUGGCCUCCCGAAGGGUCUGUGUGCUAUGGAGCAGCCUAGCUUUGUUGACGCUCCUUGCACUUGGCUCGUGCAAGGUGUCCUCAGCGGCCCCGUGUGGCUCGCGCCCGCUGGGCUUGGUCGUGAAGAUCGACGUUCUUUCAGUUCCCGCACCGCCGGCAAGAAUAAACUAUGUCUGUGACUUGGAGUGUGUUCUGUCGCCCACCCUGGGCGGUAUUAAUUUUAUUUCGUCGCACACGACUAUGUCUAUGGUGGUCUUUAUUGAUUACUUAUUUGCAUUCAUAUUGGUUGGUUGA